AAAGCUAGCUUACAAACAAAGGUGUUGUAAAAGGUCUGAAUAGUUUCAGAAAAAAACUUGGGGAAAAUUUGUACUGUUGUAGAGAAAUAUUGCAGAUGUGGACCCCACCCCUUACAAGAAACUGUUGUUUGGGUCGUUGAAUGUUGUGGUUUGUAGUGCUUGAGGCUGAAACAGGAACAUGAAGCUGGAGGUGCCUGAAAGCUUUGAAGAUGUUGCUGUUAAGUUUUCAAGAGAGGAGUGGAAGAUGCUGAGUAAACAGGAAAAAGAGCUGCACAGGGAGGUGAUGGUGCAGAACUAUGAGAACAUGGUCUCUGUAGGAUACAGUAUCCCACUGGAUCACCUUCACAUGCUGUUUAACAGGGAUGAUGAGCUCCCAUCCGCUAAUACAGAAGGAAUGAGCAAAAGGAAUAAAGCGCAGUGGACAGAACUUUCUGGUGGCCCCAUCAUUACCACUAGCAAUCCAGAUUUCAGCAGUAUUCAGAAUCAGAGGUCAGCACGUUGGAAGUACUUUAACCACGAAAGUGACAGUGUUUCACUAAAUAAGAUGUCUCUCACAACACGUGAUCAGCUGCAGACGGGAAGCAAACACAGUAAUUAUGUGAGUGACAUUGAAGGAGAUGUCAAGAAGAGUGAAUUAGAAAUCCAUCUCAAAACUCAUGGAGAGGAGUAA